GGAAGAAGACCGGAUCUGGAAAGGAUUGGCAUGGAUGUUUUUUAAAGCAUGUUUUGUCAUACGGGCAUUCAAACGUCAGUAGGCAUAAACAUUCCGUUCUUUUACUUUCGCGCUCCAAUGAACAACCACGAAGACACUCGAAAAAGUAUACGGAUGCAUUACACGGCAUUUCCAGACAUUCCAGUGAAGUUCAAGUGCCCAUGUUGUCUUGACUUAUUGGAUGAUAAAUCAGUGCUUCGAGAGCAUAUUGACGAACAACACAACUACGUGUCGUCCCUCUUUUGCUAACGUGUGCUUUCGUUGUUUUAGUUUCACCAACACACUGCACAGCUGUUCAAGUCAAUGGGUUAUCAGCGAUCUCGAUGUUUCAAGGAGAUUCAGUGACUUCCGUGAGGAUGUCAUAAGAAACGGCCAUGAACACACGAGUUUGGAUCAGUCUUUCAACCAACUUUUGAUAAGUCUAACUCGUAGUUUUAUUUAUUUUGCCAACUGAUUUACAAAUCGAUUUCUAUUGAAAAGGCCAUGUCUUCGAUUCUCGUCCUACAACAUCGCUGCUCGUACGGUGAUAUCCCGGCUGAAUAUUUCACCUCGUCCCAUCUGCAGCAAAUCCGCUCACACGUGCUUGACGAAUUGAGCUGGCACCAAACAUUUGAUAUAUCGGAU